AUCUUUUUUUGCUGGCGCACUUUCUUCAAUUGAUAUUCUCUUUUUUUGCAAUUUCACGGUUGAGAAUUCAUAUUCCAUAUCGAAGAAUCAAUAUAAUUUUGACUAAUUUUCCGCUUUUGCCCAUUUCGUCUCUGUAUAAAUACCAGAAUAAGUUGAUGAGAUUAUCAAGCUGAGAUCGACUCUUUUUCUAAGCAAGUAAACGAGCAGGACCUCUUGGGGCUUACUUUGUAAUCUUAGCUUCGAUUCAUAAUGGGAUUUGAUGAAAGUCAGCAGACUGAUCCACUGGUUGUGAUACGCAAUGGAAAAGAAAUCAUAUUGCAGGCCUUCAACUGGGAAUCUCAUAAACAUGACUGGUGGAGAAAUUUAGAUAGAAAAGUUCCUGAUAUUGCAAAAUCUGGCUUCACAACAGCAUGGUUGCCUCCAGCAAGUCAGUCGUUGUCUCCUGAAGGUUACCUUCCACAGAACCUUUAUUCUCUCAAUUCUUCAUAUGGUUCUGAGCAUCUCUUAAAAGCUUUACUUAAUAAGAUGAAGCAGUACAAAGUUAGAGCAAUGGCGGACAUAGUCAUUAACCAUCGUGUUGGGACUACCCAAGGGCACGGUGGAAUGUACAACCGCUAUGAUGGAAUUCCUUUGUCUUGGGAUGAACAUGCUGUUACAUCUUGCACUGGUGGACGGGGUAACAAAAGCACUGGAGACAACUUUAAUGGAGUUCCAAAUAUAGAUCAUACACAAUCCUUUGUCCGAAGAGAUCUCACUGACUGGAUGCGGUGGCUAAGAUCCUCUGUUGGCUUCCAAGAUUUUCGUUUCGAUUUUGCUAAAGGUUAUUCUCCGAAGUAUGUAAAGGAAUAUAUCGAGGGAGCUAAGCCAAUAUUUUCAGUUGGGGAAUAUUGGGACACUUGCAACUACAAGGGCAGCUAUUUGGAUUGCAACCAAGAUAGUCACAGGCAAAGAAUCGUCAAUUGGAUUGAUCAAACGGGGCAACUUUCAUCUGCAUUUGAUUUUACAACCAAAGCAAUCCUUCAGGAAGCAGUCAAAGGAGAACUCUGGCGUUUGCGUGACUCUAAGGGGAAGCCACCAGGAGUUCUAGGAUGGUGGCCUUCAAGGGCUGUGACUUUUAUUGAUAAUCACGACACUGGAUCCACUCAGGCACACUGGCCUUUCCCUUCAAAUCACAUUAUGGAGGGCUAUGCGUACAUUCUAACACAUCCAGGGAUACCAUCAGUUUUCUAUGACCAUUUCUACGAUUGGGGUAAUUCCACGCAUGACCAAAUAUUUAAGCUGAUUGAUAUCCGAAGGCAUCAAGGCAUACACAGCCGUUCAUCUGUACAGAUUCUUGAGUCACAACCAAACUUAUACGCUGCAACCAUUGGAGAAAAGGUUAGCAUGAAGAUCGGGGACGGAUCAUGGUGUCCUGCAGGCAAGGAGUGGAAGCUUGCAACCAGUGGCUAUCGCUAUGCAGUCUGGCAGAAGUAAUAAGUAGAGCAUAGAGCUAUUCCCUUUCUCAAAAAUAUUAGACUAAAUAUACAUGUCUCGAGCCCGUCACCUACUGCUAAUACUAGAUCCGCCUCUAAGGGUAGGAUGGAGAGAUAAGAGUGUUUUUCCCAUUCAUUAGAAAUUUUAGCAUGGGAUGUAGCAUUACUAAUAAGAGUUCUUGAAUACAAUGGAAUAAGGGAGUUUAUCAAUUCAAUUAUUGUUUUGUACGAGGGAAUAGUCUCAUUUCAUGUAACGAUAUUAAAGGGGUUUUUUUUGGCUCUCUGCUUUUAUGUUAGGAUAAUAAGAAAUUAUAGUUGUAUU